GGGCGGGGCUCCCGGCUGUCACCGCGAUGAGGAGACGCCGCCGCCGCCGCCGACGCCGGGCCGCUCCGGGGUGUGCCCCUCAGGGGGUGUGAGGAGAGGCCGGUCCUCCGCAGCUGCCGGGCCCUGGGGCGUGACGGCAUGGUCUGCUAGCCGCCCGAAGGAGCCCCCUUCCCCAGGCUGCCACGAUGCCUGUGCAGGCGGCGCAGUGGACGGAGUUCCUGUCCUGCCCGAUCUGCUACAACGAGUUCGACGAGAACGUGCACAAGCCCAUCAGCUUGGGCUGCUCCCACACGGUGUGCAAGACCUGCCUGAACAAGCUGCACCGCAAGGCCUGCCCGUUCGACCAGACGGCCAUCAACACGGACAUCGACGUGCUUCCCGUCAACUUCGCGCUUCUUCAGUUGGUCGGAGCACAGGUACCUGAUCAUCAGACCAUCAAGCUAAGCAACCUAGGAGAGAACAAGCACUAUGAGGUAGCAAAGAAGUGUGUUGAAGACCUGGCACUUUAUUUAAAGCCGCUAAGCGGGGGCAAGGGUGUCGCCAGCUUGAAUCCGAGCGCGCUGAGCCGGCCGAUGCAGCGGAAGCUGGUGACUCUGGUGAACUGCCAGCUGGUGGAGGAGGAGGGCCGCGUCAGGGCCAUGCGCGCAGCCCGCUCGCUCGGGGAGAGGACCGUGACCGAGCUGAUCCUGCAGCACCAGAACCCCCAGCAGCUGUCGGCCAACCUCUGGGCCGCGGUCCGGGCUCGCGGGUGCCAGUUCCUGGGGCCAGCCAUGCAGGAAGAAGCCUUGAAGCUGGUGCUGCUGGCCUUGGAAGACGGCUCUGCCCUCUCCAGAAAGGUCCUGGUGCUUUUCGUUGUCCAGAGGCUGGAGCCGAGGUUCCCGCAGGCUUCCAAGACCAGCAUUGGGCACGUGGUGCAGCUGCUGUACCGGGCGUCUUGCUUCAAGGUUACCAAAAGGGACGAGGAUUCCUCUCUGAUGCAGCUGAAGGAGGAGUUUCGCAGCUAUGAGGCAUUACGGAGGGAGCACGAUGCCCAGAUUGUCCACAUUGCCAUGGAAGCCGGGCUCCGGAUUUCCCCGGAGCAGUGGUCCUCCCUGCUGUACGGUGACCUGGCCCACAAAUCGCACAUGCAGUCCAUCAUUGACAAGCUACAGUCUCCAGAAUCCUUCGCAAAAAGCGUGCAGGAGUUGACAAUUGUUCUGCAACGUACGGCUGACCCUGCCAAUUUAAACCGGCUUCGCCCCCAUUUGGAGCUCUUGGCCAACAUAGAUCCCAACCCAGAUGCAGCCUCUCCAACAUGGGAGCAGCUGGAAAACGGGAUGGUGGCUGUGAAGACGGUGGUUCACGGCCUCGUGGACUUCAUCCAGAACUACAGUAGGAAAGGCCACGAAACUCCACAGCCGCAGCCCAACAGCAAGUACAAAACGAGCAUGUGCCGUGACCUGCGGCAGCAAGGCGGGUGCCCGCGAGGGACCAACUGCACGUUCGCGCACUCUCAGGAGGAGCUGGAGAAGUACCGCCUGCGGAACAAGAAGAUCAGUGCCACGGUGAGGACCUUCCCUCUGCUAGGCAAAGCCAACGUCACGAGCACCGUCUCCACCACGGCGGCUGCAAACGUCAUUUCCAUCAUCGGAAGCGCCGAGGCGGCUGGGAAGAUGGUGCCGAGCAGCAACGGGAUCGCCAGCCUGGAAAGCGGCGUCCCCCAGCUGAUCCCCCGCUGUGCCGACACCUCUUCCUUAAGGACUCUGGAGAAUGUGAAGAAAGCGGGGAAGGCGGGUGCCAACGGCCAGGCCGUUUCCGCCUCCCCGACGGAUCCCCUGCCGGAAAAUAAAAUCGGUUCGCCCCCGAAGACGCCCGUCAGCCAGGCAGCAGCUACCUCAGCAGGCCCCCCUCCUGCCCCGCCACCACCUCCUGUCGGCACUGAGAUGAGCACCCUCACCCCCAAAUCCGGCCCCUUCACCGCCAGAGUGCCCAUCUACCCCCCGCACUCCGACAGCCUUCAGUACUUCCAAGAUCCUCGGGCUCACCUCUCCUAUGAAGCCCAGCAGUACCCGCAACCAGGAUACUACCCUCCGCCGCCGACGGUCCCAGCCGGUGUGGCGCCGUGUCUCCCGCGCUUCGUGAGGUCCGGCAACGUCUCGGAAAGCCCCCUUCCGCCUGCCUCGGUGCCGUACGGCGAUCAUUACAGCGCAUUCCCCCCUCGGGACAGGCUGGGCUCUCCUUACCAGCAGCCGCCCCCGCAGCCAUACGGGCCGGUCCCGCCGGUGCCCUCCGGGAUGUACGCCCCGGUGUACGACAGCCGGCGCAUCUGGCGGCCGCAGGUGUACCCGCGGGACGACAUCCUCAGGAGCAACUCGCUGCCUGCCAUGGACGUCGUGCACCCCCCCGUCUAUCAGACGUUCCUGCGGGAGAGAUACAGCUCCCUGGACAGCUACUACUCCAUGCCGUGCCAGCUGCCAGCAGACCAGAGGACAGUGCCUUUGCCAAGGGAGCCUUGCAGCCACUUGAAGGCCACUUUUGACGACCCACUGAGAAGGAAACCGGAGCAGUGGGCUCCAUGCCAUGCACAGAAAGCACCUCUCGUGUCGUCCUCCGCUCUCCCUGGGGCGACGCAGUCUCCGCCGCCACCUUCUCCACUCUUCAGCAUGGAUUUCAGUGCGGAGUUCUGCGAGAGCCCCAGUGACCUGAGCAGCGCCAAGUACGAGGACGACCGGCUCUCCCACUACUCCCCGUGGUCGUGCGGCACCAUCAGCUCGUGCAUCGGCGCCAUCGAGUCGGAGCCCAAGGAUGUCAUUGCCAAUUCCGGUGCGGUGCUCCUGGAUCUCGACAGCGGGGACGUGAAGCGGCGGGCGCACCUGUUCGAAGCACAGAGGAGGGCGAAGGAGGAAGACCCCAUCAUCCCUUUUGGCGACGGGCCCAUCAUCUCCAAGUGGGGCGCCAUCUCCCGCUCGUCCCGCACUGGGUACCACACCACGGACCCCGUUCAAGCCACUGCUUCCCAAGGAAGUGCCACGAAGCCGAUCAGCGUGUCAGAUUAUAUCCCUUACGUCAGCACUGUGGAUUCGAGAUGGAGCUCCUACAGCUCAGAUUCGACCUCAUCGGCGCCUUUCCUGGAACGGGAUCGCUUCGUCAUCACUGACGUGUCUGCUCCCAGGAAGCAUUCCAGCACCGGGGAUCUACUGAGCCUCGAGCUGCAACAGGCCAAAAGCAACUCGCUGCUGCUGCAGAGAGAGGCCAACGCCCUGGCCACGCAGCAGAAGUGGAGCGCCUUGCACGAGGACGGCCCCCUCGCGCUAAACCUCUUGAGCAAGGAAGUCGAUCUGAGGAAUGGUGAGGCUAACUAUGCUGAAGAUGCAGCAGACACAAAGCCGGAUCGAGACAUUGAACUAGAACUUUCCGCCCUUGACGCCGACGACCCUGACGGGCAGGGAGAACAAAUUGAGGAAAUUCUAGGCCUGCAGCUUGGGAUCAGCGACCAAGACGAUAGUCUCUUCAACGGGUCAGCUCUGGAGAACGGCCACCCCCUGGAGCAGCCCCAGAAGGAGCCCCGGCAGCAGAAGAAGCCCAACUUAGGUGAAGACCUUGCUAUUCUGGAGAAACAGAAAGUAGUCCUACCAGUGACUUCCUGCUUCAGCCAGCCGGUGGCAUCCGUUGUGGGCAACAUGCCUUCCCUGCCCGUCACCACCUCGGCCACUAUGAGCAGCCUUGUUCUCAAGACAGCCCACAUCAUGGCGGACGGGAAGAGCGACUUCUUAAGGCCGGUUGCCAAUGGCAAGAUGGUGAACAGCUGAGAGCUGCUUCUGGGCUUGUGACUAUACUAAGGAAGCAUUUACACUUGCUUUAUAUAUAUAUAUAUAUAAUAUAUAUAUUAUAUAAUGUAUAUUUUUUUUAAGAAAAUACUAUUGGGGUCAUUUGUUUCCUGUGGACUCUUUAAUACAUCAAGCCCCUCUCACAUUAGCAUUCUGGAUAAGAAAAGGAAAAAGAGCCACCAAUAGUUUGCGUGGUUAGAAGGUGUUCAUUUUCCACAAGUGGAAUCUGGACGUGGUUUUACUUAAGCUAAAAGUCCGCUUUUUAAUGAGUCUGUAGAUGUUCCGGGGUGUCAACUGAGCCGUUCUCAUUUUGCAAUGGCUUCUCGAGGAAAAUUUACAAGUUACUCACUGGAGCCAGCAGAUCCGUGCGUGAGGUGACUCCCAGAAGUCAGGCGAUCUUGUUUUCUCUUGAUUUUGUUUUAUGAGAAGAGAGAAGAAUUUGCAUCUGGUUGCAGUUGCUUGUUUCUUAAGCUGUGGAACUCUGCAUGAAACAGUGUGUGUGGAAAAGAGAGCGGCUGGGGAUCUUGUUAAGAUAAGACUUUUAAUUCAGGGCUGAUACACUUCCUUCUCUCUCCCCCUCACUUUUAGCUUUGCACAGCUGCAUUAUAUGCAGCAGUGCCCCCCUUUUGCAUCCCCCCCCCCGUUUAGCCCCAGCUCAUCUGCUUCAGAACUUGCUAUUUCCAUAUAUCAAGCGUCUUGCCUGUGUGCAAAUUCCAGAGUACAAAACUAAGUGCCUGUGUCCUUCUGCUUAUAUGCUUGGUCUUUAACUCCUCCAGGGAGUAAGCAGAAUCACUCCGUUCCUUUUUGGCGACACGAUACGCUCCUUCCAAGGGAGCUGAGCUGUGCAGUCCCUCGGCAGGAUCUCCCGGUGCCCUGGCACCCGGAGCCUCGCAGAUUAUUCCCCGCAAAAACGUAGCUUGCCUGUCGUGUUUGCACUGACUAACAUCACAGUAUUGCUAUUGCUGUACUUUUAAACAAUAAGAAUUGAUUAGCAAUUCUUUAGACACGUUGCAUUGGUUAUAGUAUUAUUGAGAAUUUAGUAUUUAGGUUUAUUACUUACUAAUUAAUUCUGACAAGGCCUUGAACACAUAUAAUAGAGCUUUAGCUGAACUUGUAUAGAACAAUGAAUAAAUAUGUCCCCCUUAAGAUGUGAUUUUUGAAGAAUACAUGCAAUAGGGAACCAUCUGCUAAAAUAGGAAUACCCUCCCCAGUAAGCUAGUCUUUUAGCCAUCUUUUCUUUCUCUUCCUGGCAAGAUCAUCCUUUGUCAUAGGUGGUUUUCUUUUUCUUUUGUUUUGUUUUGUUUUAUUUUUUACAUUUCUCUCCUUUUUUAAAUGUUUGUUAAUUAACUUCUGUGAAGUUGUUUACUCUGAAAACGCUACUGGAAUAUUUUAAACAAGCAGCACUUUCUCCAGGGUGUACUGUAUGCAAGGGCUUCUCCUGCUAGCAAACUGCUUUAAAAGAAAACACAAUAAUGAUCAUGUUACUGGCAAAAAAAAAGAGCUGUGGACAUCCUGGUUGCUGCUCUAUAUAUGGGAUUAGACGUUUUCCUUGCUUUUCUUUUUUGAAUAUAACUCUUGUGCUCCCUUCAGGGGCAGGAAAACAGGGGCCGGCAUUUCUCUGAGGGUUGCAGAUCUAACUCGGAUCAGUUUUUUAAAAUCUCUCUGACUUAGGAAGUCAUGAAAAAAUUAUGUUGUAAAUAUUAACUGAGAAAUCCAACGACUGACUUGUUUUGAUAAUAAUUUCAGUGCUGUUGUAAAAUAUUUUGGCCACUUGUUUUAAUACUAAAGUGCAAAGCCCUGUUUAUAAUUUGGGAGUCACAUCCCUUCUUUUGAUGGCUUGUGGUAAUUUCUGAAGGUUUUCUUUUUCCUGUUGCCCCUCUACUUCUGCAGCAAGACAAGCAAGGCAGCUGGAAAUCCAGAUUUUUAAAGUACUUGUUCAUUCAUGACUGUUAAGUGUCCACUCUUACGCUUUCAAUCUAGCUGGACAAUUCUGUAUAUAUGAAACUAUAUAAUUACAUUUGAAAUGCUUCCAAAAUUUUUCUUUUGUGCUAUAUGUAACUUCAAAGGUAGGCAUAGAUGUAUAUGCAAAACAAUAUCUCUUUUACAUGGAUUUGUAAACAAUGCGAUCUUCCAUGUUGAAGGUGAAGUGAUUUUUCUUUAAAAGGAAGAAAAAACGAAUUGCUAUUUUGUUACAAAAAUAGGAAAAUAUAAAGGUUUGAGAGAUUCUUAUUUUUGCCCUCAGGGAAAUAGCCCCUCUGUUAACCAGCACAACAUGAUGAAGAAUAUGUAACACCUAAACAGAUCUUAUGUGUUAUACUUUUGGUAUGGUUUUAAAUAUGUGAGUUUUUCUUUUUAAGACCUAGUUGUGCUCUGCUGGAGGAAGGGGCUUGGAAUCGUUUUGCAGGAGUCGGUCCACUCGCUCAGUGGCACACUGUUCAAAAACGCUACCUGUUGUCCUUUUACCAGCUUCUCCGAGAACCGUCUUCCUCCGCGUUGGCUUGUCAGGGGUAGCACUGGCUUCUGUAGCGCGGCAGCUUUGUAGAAAGGGCCACCCAGGUCACGAGAACUCCGACAACCUUCGAUACAGAGAAUUGCAGACCCAAGAAACCAGCCGAACUUUCAACCCGCGUGCCAUCCUUCUUUCCAAGCACUGCGAUCCUGCCACGAAAUCGCAUCGUUCUGGCUCGGUGCUGCAGGUGACAGAUUGCCAGAGAACGCUCAAACCAGUUGAGUAGGGGAGCGGAGAAAUGGCUCAUUCGAGAGCUCUGGCUUCAGAGAAUUAAUUCUGCCAGUAGGAAGGCAAUUCUGGUCUGCAGCAAGCGACAUUGCCAAAGAGAGACGAGAGAGAGAGUCCGCACCGCAGUACGCUCUCUCUCGCAGCGUCAGGACAGGUUUAAUUUGGGAUUUCCUGGAAUUGUCCUUCCCCCGUUUCCUUUCGACUCGAUGCUUUCGCAGCCACUUUUCGACUCAGAAAGCCCAUCGUGUGCGUGGGGACAGAUGCCUUUCGUUGAGUCCUGAUGCUGUUUGUAGCACGGCAGAUGCUGGCUCGUGGUAGGAAGCAAGGAUCCCUCUUGUGGCGUGUGAUGCGGGGCCAUCCCUCCGAACCUGGAAGGAAAGGGUUGUCGGGGUGGGAUUUCACGGCCUCACUGGAGCCCCGUGGACGUGGUUGCCCAGUGAGUGGUGCAUCCCGCUGGCUGGCUGGCUGGCUGGCUGGCUGGCUGGCUGGCUGGCUGCAUUCUCCAUCGGUGUGAGGAGCACAUUCGUGUGCCGUCAGCCGCGCUGCAGCCGCCGUGGCCCUUUUCCUGCCAGAUGCAUCGCUCCGGAGGAAAGGCGGCAGGCUGCUGCGGCUCAGUGCCGAGUCGCUCGGCACACGCAGAGCGGCCGGAGCCAAAGCAUUAGUGGCGCGCUUUUAAUCUGACACAGGCCGGCUCAGGCCUGAUAAAGAUAAGGACCUUAGUGGCAGACAGACGAACUCCACACAGCUUGGCAGUGUUCAGAGUGGCAGUGCUGGCUGGAUUUUUCACGGGCCAGGGGAGAGAGGACGCUGCUGGCGGUUUUGUGGUCUGUUGUUGUAUGUGUCUACCUUUUCCUGUUCCUUUUUUUAGCCAGUCCUACUUUGCAGAGGUGGGGUUUGACUGCACACCCCUGCCCCAGUGAAGGUGUUUUGGAGAAUCCACUCCCAUGGUAUACAUUUAUUUUCAAGCCCCUUGGAUUUUGGAAGGUCCUCUAUAGUUAGGGACUGGACUUGCAAGGAAGGAACAGGAAAGGAGAUGGACGGGGCGUGGCGUGGCGUGGCGUGGCGUGGCGUGACGCUGCGGAGAGUCACAGUCUAGAGCUUUGCUGGCAAAGUGGUACAUUAACGAUUCGCUGCUCCGUAGGAUAAAGGGAUGGCUUAGUGGGGUGCGGCAGCGUUGCUGAACCAUCUCCCCACCCCCGCUGAAAAAGCAAAAAACCUAUCCGCACACACAUGCUUUUGUGAAGCUUUUAAUGGACACUUUAUAUACUUGACCGUUUGAAAUCAAAUGAAUUCUGGCUGCAUUUAUACGUGCCAGAGAACAGGGCAAAGUACAUUUGCACAGAUCCUACCCACAUACCCCCCAAGAGUAAUCCUCCGUUAUAUAGUCCAAGGCAUGGGAAUGCAUGCAUCUUCCUCUUUUGGGCAGACAAAUACAUUAUACUGUAGUUGUGAUACAACAUGCGUGGCUUUUCUUUGUACUGCACACCCACUGUACAGCCACUCCGGAGUAUUGUGGUUUAGCUUGCAGGAUCUGCUAUCGGCAUUUAUACUGUAUACUGCAUAUUCUUUUCCCUGGAAGUUUAAAAGAAAAAAAACAACACUUUUUUUCUUGUUGAGUUGAUUAACAUUUUAUAAACUUGCUUAGCCUAGAAAGUUUGGGAAAAGAGGCCUGUUUGUCAAUUGUACAACCGAUUGUGAAGCUCAAGUGUGAAUAUUUUUACGUCUGUAUUAGACAUUUUCUUUGCAAAUCUAUUGUUCGAUUGAAAUGUAAAUGAGAUAAAAGAUGGUGUACACCCAUCAUGUAUAAUAAAGCAGACACCAUCGCUACGAUGGAUUUAAUGCUCAUUUUUAAUGGUGCAUUCUCAACUUCUAUUUAAAAAUAUAAUUUAAAAAAUCUGUAAAAUGAAAUGGGGGAUAUAUUUCAAGGGUGGGGAAUGAAUUCUAUUCCAUUUAGUUCUGUUUAAAAUUUCCAGAUUGUAUUGUUUUUCCCUUUUGUGUUAUAGGAAUAGGAUUUACAUGGGAAUGCUUAGACCGUACGGUCUGUAUUUUCAGGGUGGGGCGGUUUGAGCGAUGGGGUUGGCUUUGUGAUUUAGCCUGAAUAGCCGAGUGAAUUCUGUGUGUGUGUUUGCUGUAGCACUGAAGUGAGAAGAUAAAUUAGCUCUCGGGCUGGUCACAGAUUUUAGCAAAUUGUGGUUUUUCAGUGUUUGAGAGAGAAUUAAUAGGAAAAAAAGUUUGCAGUACUUGACAUGUAUUUGCAUGCCGUAAAAUAAAAAAAGUCCACCUACA